UUUUUAUUGUCUUUAUUCUCAUUAUAAAUGUGUAGGGUGAUCUCUCUGUGUCAUUUCCUCCUCUAUCUCUGUACACCCCCCUCCCUCCCCCGUCACUGUUAUUCUGAUUGCGUCACCAUCUCCUCGGUUAACCCCGUGCUUCGGAUCUCCUCCCCCCCUUCAAACUUCCGCGCCUUUUCUUCUAUUUAGAAGUGCGAGGAAGGAAGGAAAGUCGCUCUCUCUCUCUUUGCUGCAUUCACCUGUCCCCCCGAGAGAUGGCGUCUGCUGAUCUGAUGAAGGAGCUGGAAUGUUCCGUCUGUCUGAGCAUUUAUACGGAUCCCGUGAUGCUGAAAUGUGGACACAACUUCUGCCGGGAGUGUAUCGAUCGCGUGCUGGACACACAGAGGGGGUCUGGAACUUACUCCUGUCCUGAAUGUAGAGGGGAGUUCCAGGAGCGACCUGCACUGCAGAGGAACAUAACACUACGUAACAUUUCGGAGAAUUUCCAGUCUACUCAGCCCGAUCAGAAGGAGUCCGGGGUCUUCUGUACUUACUGUAUUCACACUCCUGUAUCUGCUGUUAGAUCCUGUCAGCUGUGUGAAGCUUCUCUGUGUGAUAAUCAUCUGAAAGUUCACAGCAAGUCACCAGAACACGUUAUAACUGAUCCCGCCGCUUCUCCGGAGAACAGGAAAUGUUCCCUUCAUAAAAAAAGCCUGGAGUAUUACUGCAAGGAAGACUCUACCUGUGUCUGCGUCUAUUGUCUGAUCGGUGAGCACAAAGGUCACCAGAUGGAGUCACUGGACGAGGCCUCUGAAACAAAGAAGAAUUUCCUGGCAAAUGUUCUUCAUAAACUGGCUACAAAGAGAAACGAGGCCGAGAAAAGAGUCCAGAGUCUGCAAGAGCAUCAGAGAAAAGUACAAGGAAAAGCGGCUGGUGACACGGAGAGAAUCACCGUCAUGUUUAGAGACCUCAAGAGACGACUGGAAGACCUGGAGAGGAGGAUCCUAAGCGACAUCUCCGGGCAGGUAGAACGGGUCUCCGUCUCGGUGUUGGAUCUGAUUGAGAAGCUGGAAAUGAAGAAGGUCGAGUUGUCCAGGAAGAUGGGUAUCAUCGAGGAGCUGUGCAAAACGAAGGAUCCGGUGACUAUCCUACAGAGAUCCGACAAAGCCGACUUGUGUGAGGAUGGAGAUAACAAGGACCUAAAGAGACACGACACACAGCUCCGGGAUGGAGGGCUUCUGGACGUGGCUUGGAUCACCCACAUGUCCAAGACUUUAUUGGAUACAAUAAAAGGCAUAAAUGUCUGCUUCUAUGUACAGGAAGCCGCAGACGUAUUAUUGGAUGUCAACACAGCCCAUAAUAAUCUAUUUAUAUCCGUUGACAAGAAAUCGGCAUCCCGGUUGAAUAUUGGCCAGAAACGCCCGGAAACACCAGCGAGAUUUCAGUUUUCUUUUCAUGUGAUGAGCAGCCAACGUUUUACCUCGGGGCAACAUUAUUGGGAAGUGGAUGUCGGGGGAUCCGUUAGCUGGAGGGUUGGAAUGUGUUACCCCAGUAUGGAGAGGAAGGGAUCGGAUCAUUCAUGGAUUGGAAGAAAUAAUAAGUCCUGGGGACUUUUCAGGAAUAAAAAUGAGUAUUCGGUGGUACAUAACCGUAAAGUGAUAAACUUACCUGACAACGCCUCCAGUGAUAGAGUCAGGAUCUUUCUGGAUUACGAAGGUGGACAGAUUUCCUUCUAUUCUGUGUGUGGUACAACGAGACACCUCCACACCUUCAGUGCCGCCUUCACCGAGCCCCUCUAUGCUGUGUUGGGCGUAUGGGAGGGUUUUGUUAGGGUAUGUAAGGGGAACAGUAGAUAGACUACAUUCAAACGCCAAUGCCCGCAUCUUUGGUGAGGUUUCCAGUAGCCUCCCCAGUGUCCCUCAUAUGCAGCCUACCAGUGCCCAGCAGCCUCACCAGUGUCCCUCAUAUGCAGCCUAUCAGUGCCCAGCAGCC